UCAUAAGGACUCCAUCCUACAAUGAUGAGCAUACAUGGCCCAUGCAAAGGACAAGUACUACUGGGCUCAACUAAGGGCUGCUCUCACUGCAGGUCAAUGGUCGUCUCCUUCACCAGGAACAGCUCAAAAUGGCUCCCCAUUGUCUUGGUUUCAUAUACUGCGCAAGUUCAACAAACACUGUAAAGGUUUCCAAGACGUGGCAGAGGUCGCAUCACAAACUCAAGCUCUAUUCUUACUGCUCGGAGCGGACACACAGAACGUGGACCAGCUAGGUCUAGAAAAUGAUGACGAGUUCGUUCUUGGCGACGAGUGUCUCUUACAACCGGAGCGGAUAGAGGAGGCUAGAGGCGGGUAUGAGACAUUAAAGAGUUUGGACAGCAAGAAUUCCGAUUCUCUUCAUCUUGCACUUGCGCUCUACGCGUAUGCCCUCGGCCAAUUCUCGGAAUGCCUUUCGUACUUGUCCAAAGUACCAAAGCUGCUCGAGGCGCAGAGUCAUAUACCUCCAUCUUUCACCACUCGUUCAGAUAAUUCCGCACUCCAGAUACCUGGAUCAAUCGCCGAAACCUCAUCUUCAUGGACCGGUAGUUUUGUUUCUGCUGACUAUCCUGGUUCGACAGCUGACAUCAAGGAUGGGAGAGCUUGGGCAAUCACUGAAUCUAUAAGGAGCACAUGUUUACAAGGCAUGUGUUGUGAAAAAUUAUCACAACCCAAGAAAGCCAUUCAAGCCUACUCAUCCGCCCUCCAACUUCUGAGUAAUAUCGAGUCCGAGAUACCACGAACACUCGCUGCCACGUAUUCAUCUCCCGCUUCAUUCGACAACUACCGCGAGCUGUGGCGCUGGGCAGAACGUCUCAUGUUCAGGGCGAUAUCUAUCCUUUCGCGGUCUUGCUGUCUGGAUGAGAACGAUGGCCUUAUUUUGACCAUGUUCACCCAUUAUCAUGCUUGCAGCGCGCAUUGGCCGGCGACAUUUCGCACAGGUCACCGCUCCACAGUUGCAGUCCUCCACCUCCGAGCGCUAAUCAUCCAACAUCAGACGUCAUCAACUUCAGCCCCUAACUUGUCACUUCAAUCAGCAAAACCACCCCAAUGGAUAAGUACUGCUCGUUCAGUCAUCCAUGAAUAUCGCACAAUUCUAGGAGCUUGCACUACUUUCCCCAAGGCUGGUGAACGUAACGUCAAAGUGGAGGAUUUUGUAGACUUGUGCGUGGCAGUGUGGGAGACCAAUGGAACCAUGUCUGACCCUGUCCGUUGGGUUCUCGAUAUGCUCUGGUGGGCUACCCGCCUCACCUUCAACUCAUAUCGUAUUUAUCGACACAUGACACGACUACUUUCCAUUUCCGGGGAUGCGGAGCUGGCUAAACGCACCCUGAGGUUAUACGUUCAGGUUGUUUCGAAAGCACGGGAAGCAGGAGUGGACAAUGACUUCGACACGGAUCGUCAUUGGGUUGAGACGCUUAUCGAUGGUGCCCGGAUGCUUUGUCGUCUUUCCAUUUCACGCCAAGAUGGUAUCGACGAUGCCAAGGAGGCAGGGGACAUGAUCGAAAAGGCGAAGACGAGGCUGGAUGAGGAUGACAAGGAGAUGGUGGCGAGAGUCGCGCUGGCCGAAGGCGUAUGUUAUACAACACUGGCAAUAAUAGAACAGGACCCCUACACCCGGCAGGCUCGCCUAGGUCGCGCCCUCGCCGCCUACUUGAAGUCUGUUGCGAUCCACCCCACACCUGCUGCACACCAUCAGCUCGCGAUCGCACUUUCUUUCCCUGGAAGUUCGCAAAAUUUGGACGAGGCGAUCGUGUCCGCUCGUGCAUCCGUUGAAGACGAUGCUGAUGAGAUUCGACAUUGGCAUCUUCUCGGUCUGUUACUUAGUGCUAACGGCGAGUGGGAGAAGGCGGCCAGUGUUUUAGAAGUGGGCGCAGAACUAGACGAGAGGAAGCAGGACAUGGAAAGUCCAGCUAGACUCGACGCGGAAAAUGACAUCGUGGUGAAAGAACCUAUAGCUGAUGGUAUCCAGGCUCAAGACUUUGAGUUAGACCAUCAGCAUGCACAAGUGAAAGGUCAUUCAAAACUCCCAUCUGCACAUCUACCGCUGAAUGAUGCUGAUGGUACGACAUCUGAGCACAAGAGGCUUCUUGAUCCACACGCAACCACUAUACCACCAUCUGCCACUCUCCUCCGACCAUUACCCAACCAUCCAUUGCCUUCUCCCCGUGACGCAUUUGAUUACGCCCUCCAGCUCAGAAUGACGCAGAUGGCACUCGCCGAACACAUAGAAGGCCCUGAGGGUGCAGAAGGGCGGUGGGUUGAUGUAUUUGGCUGGGUCGCGGAACGCAAAGGGUCGCCCUCCACUUCGGGGUCUAUGACAGAGACGCAGCGUGAGUCUAGGAAGCAAGCUUCCCCUAUUCUUGAUCCCACCUCGGGCUGUAUGGAACUGAUUUUAUCUGGUUGUGGUUUGUGUGGAUCAGCGAGGUCGUCAAUAGACACCGGUACUGGCGCCAGGACUACACAAACGUCAUCAGUGCUGCAUCAGCCAUCGCAGGACCCCCUGAAUGAAAAAGGUCCUAGUGUAGACCAGCAUGGAUCUCUGGGUCUUUCCAUUGGCCAUCAAGACCUCCCAUCAUCGGAGCUUCCGCCGAUCACUGUUACGCCUGCAACGCCUGCAGAGCCGCAUCGACGUUUUACACUCAGCGUGGAUGAGAAGGACUCGCUGAAGGGUAGACGCUCCUCUUCAGCGGAUGGCACUGGUAGGAAAGUGCAACAGAUGCUGAAAGCCCGCGUCCAUAAAGGGCAGGCAAAGAUCAGUACCAUUUCGAGGAAACUCGGAAAUGGCGUUGUGCGCAACGGAAAUUUGAAGAGGACAAGCUCUGCACCAGACUUUCAUGCUGUGCUACAGAACCAUAAUUACCAAGCGUCGUCAAUACACUCCCGCCGCCGGCUGCGUUCUCUGAUUCGUCAUAAUGCAGCUGUCGCACCCAUCGAGUCACCACCCGCUCCGCCUCCCCCGCUUCCUCCGGUGAAGGAGGAUACACCUAUACUCCACGCGACGAGAGACGACAAGCUUAUAAGCGACCUUUGGGCCAUGUCUGCUGCCACUUUCCGACGACUUGGUAAAAUCGAGCAAGCCAAAGGCGCAAUCCAAGAAGCAGAAGUCAAAGACUCUGAAAAUCCCGCUGUUUGGGUGCAGCUUGGGUUAUACUACAUGGUGCUAGAUCGUAAUACAGAGGCUUUAGAAGCUUUUCAAAAAGCCCUGUUCAUAUCGCCUGACGAUAUCGCUGCAUCUGUGCACUUGUGUCGCAUCCACCUUUCCACGAAGUCAUCGGCCGGCACGGUUGAAUCAGAUAAGGCUGAUCUAGUCGCUGGGCUUCUCGGCCACCUCACCCGAGGACCUGGCUGGGACGUUCCUGAGGCCUGGUACUACUUGGCUAAAGCAUACGGGCUACAGGGCCGAAAGGAUAAGGAGCGGGAAAGUCUGGCGACGGCUUUGUCUUUGAGUAAUCGCAGGAGUAUUAGGGAUAUUGGGCGGGCUGUGGGUUGGUGUUUGUGAUUAGUGCAUGUGGUCAAGGUUCGAGGCUUGAUUUAUAUAUACGAACGUCCCAUACAGACAUCUACCUAUUGCUGACUCUGCACGACAAUCAUAUAGAUGAUGAUCUUUUGCAUUCCUGUUAGAUGACAGGUUGUAUAGACAGUUUACUACUUGGCUUUUGGUUCUGGAUCAGAAGGUUUU